CCUCUUCUCGCGUUUGAUCUCUGUCUCCUCUCUCUCUCUCUCUCUCUCUCUCUCUCUCUCUCUACGUGUGUCUCUGGUCGCUCGUCUGCUCCAAUUCAGUCUGUGCGGUUUGGUUGAUCUCUGGGCAGUCUGGUCGUCGGUGGUGCUCUGUUGCUCGUUGUUUCUGCUUGCUUAUGCACCUCAGCUAUUCGACGAAAUGAUUCUGCCAGUAGAACUCUUAUUCGGUUAUUUGGCAGUCCGUGUAUGCGUAAUGAAAGCAGCUAAUGGACCACGCAACAAACCCGGAAUCUCCAAAUAGAUGAAGUGAAUCCUCUGUGUGAGAUUUCUGAUAUACUGUGUAGUUAAAAGUGAAGCUGAGCUUGAGUUACCCUCGUGGAUAAUCUGACGGUGGUUGGCGGUGGCUUUUUGUCCGCCGUUCAUGCUCCUUUGGAAAGGAAAGCUUAAAAAGAGCAUCAUUGCUGUAUCACAGAGUGCAUGGGCAUCUGCCUAAGUUUUAGUGGACCUGAGUUUUAGUGAGGUAGUUUGAAGGAACCUCAUGUGGGCAUGCCGCAUAAGGUCCCUACGGCCCUUAGAGACGUUGAGGACAGCUAUAGAGGCUCCAUGGCUGUCACAGUCCUUUUGCUCUUAUAUAGACUCUCCUCAAAAGAAGGCGAAGCUUGCUCCUUUGCAGGAGAGGAGAAUGAUAGAUAGGUUGAAGCUCUUUGCUAAAGGAGGUGAUGGUGGCAAUGGCUGUUUCAGCGUUCGACGGAGCCGAGGUGACCGUCGUGGAAGACCUGAUGGGGGAAACGGUGGAAAAGGUGGCGAUGUCAUUUUAGAAUGUUCUCCAGCAGUUUGGGACUUCAGUGGUUUGCAGCAUCAUGCUAAUGCAGGUAGAGGUGGACAUGGAACUUCAAAGAACAAGAUUGGGACUCGCGGAGCAGAUAAGGUCGUCCAUGUUCCCGUUGGAACUGUUAUUCAUCUCUUGAAGGGGGAAAUCCCCCGUCUGGUUGAAAAGGACCCUCUCGCAGAUCCUGAUCCGUGGGAUCUUCCUGGUUCACUUGACACGCGCCCCUCUGAAUCUGAUUACCAAUCUCCUUCAGAAGACCAUGAAUCUUCUGAAGAAGCUGAAUCACAGCAUAAGAAUACUUGCUCUUCUUAUCCUGGGAAAAGAAGUUCUGAGGACAAAACAAGCAUGAAGCAGCAGUUCAUUCAAGACAAUAGAAAUGACGCCCUCUCAUGUUCAGCUCAUUCCACUGAGUCCCAACUGGAAGGGGAGAUUGAGGAAGAAGAGCAGAUACUGUACAACGUUGCGGAAUUGAAGGAAAAGGGUCAGCGAGUUGUCAUUGCUCGAGGAGGAGAAGGUGGCCUGGGUAACGUUUCUUUGGGGAAAUUGUCAAAGGACCUGAAGCCUUCGAAACAUGAGAAGAUGAACGAUGACGAUGCACAUGAUUCUGAUGAUCAUGAUGAUGAAGCUUCCUCCAGCACAGGUUGCCCUUGUUCCGAAUCAGUCGUCAUAUUAGAGCUCAAGAGCAUCGCUGAUGUGGGCCUUGUCGGGAUGCCAAAUGCAGGCAAGAGCACCCUCUUAGGCGCCAUCUCAAGGGCUAAACCAUCAGUGGGGCACUACGCCUUCACGACCCUCAGGCCCAACUUAGGUAACGUGAACUUUGACGACUUCUCCAUAACAGUGGCAGAUAUCCCGGGCCUGAUAAAGGGGGCCCACGAGAACCGUGGGCUAGGCCACACGUUCCUCCGCCACAUCGAGCGGACCAAAGUUCUCGCCUUCGUGGUAGACUUGGCCUCGGGGUUGGGUGGUAGGAAAGGGAGUCCCCCGUGGGAGCAGCUCAGGGACCUGAUCCUUGAGCUCGAACACCAUCAAGAGGGGCUUUCUUCUCGUCCUUCAUUGAUCGUGGCCAAUAAGAUCGACGAAGAUGGUGCUGAGGAAGCAUACGAGGAACUAAAGAGGAGGGUGAAGGGAGUUGUUCCAGUCUAUCCGGUUUGUGCGGUUUUGGAGGAGGGUGUGCCUGAACUAAAAGAUGGUCUCAAGAAUCUUGUUACCGGCAGGGAGUCAUACGUACUGAAUAUCAACGAUAUUGUGGUCUGACUGAUUUUCCGUCUCCGAUGCUUAAGGUUUCCAUCUGUAACAUGUCAGUUCAUAGAUCCACUACUUGUUGGGCGGUCAACAGAAAAUGAACUUUUUAUGGAAAAAUAUACAUAUCACCCGCGGCCUUUCUUUGCUUUUCUA